AUGGAGGAAGUCGAAACAGAGAUCGGAGAAGGUGCUUCUGCUCCACCUGUGCAGCCCGACGCAAUUGCGGUGGUGGUUUCUGUAUUCGUGAACGGCAAGGCCGUACCGUGGCCGGCCGGUCAGGCCAACGCGUCCUUCACAGAACUGACAACUCAAAGGCUCGAAAGCAAGAGCUCAGUUGAAGUUGUCACCGCAUACAAGAUGAUUCACCUGGAAAAGUCGAAGGCCGACUGGAAGGACUUUCUUAUUCCCCCGGUUGUUGCCGAUGUGAACAAGCACCUGAAAACCUCGUCGGAAGAUCAGAAAGACAGGUAUCAAGUACAAGACAAGCCCAAGACGAACGACAAGCCUUUCACGAAAUUCGAUUCUCGUGAAGUUCAACGGAAAAUUCUGCAAAGAUUUACGGUGGAGAACGAUGUCUCCAAGAAGCGUAUGCUUGCCAUGACUCGAUCUCUGCGGGAGACGCGAUUUCUCUUCCACGCCAGCGACACCGCACUGUUUUAUGGAAUUGAAUGGGACUUCUUUUUGAAGGAGACACCAUUCAAGGAGGUAUGGGAAAACACAAUUCAAGCCCAGAUCCAUCACAGCGAGAACUCAGAGACAGUAUGGGACAACUCCAUUCGCUACGCAUUAGCGAUCAUGAUGGGUACAAGGGGUAUAAGCAUCAACACACGAUUGCCGCACGAACUUGUCAGAUCUUCUCUCGAUGUUCUGUUUCGUGCCACCAGUCCCAACGGAUUAUUCAACGGCCGGCUUGACGAAAUAACGAAGGAGCCAGCACUUUUCAGCGGGGAGAUGGACAGAGACUUCUACUUCCGCGCUACAUUCGAGAUCCCGUAUAUUUUUCUGACUCAUGGCCGGGGAAUCCAAUUAAGGCUAAAAAUCAAGUCGGAAAAGUCUUCGAGUUUGCCGGAACCGAAUGAAAUGAGAGCUGCUCCCCAUAGCUCCCUGGACGAGGUGGUGGACUUGAUGAUGACAGCGCAGCCGAAACGGCACUCGGCGUCUACGGGGAUGGACGGCGAUCCUUGGUCACCGACACAUUCCAGUACACUGAAUCUCCAAGGCCAAUCUGAGAGUCUACAAGAGAAGAAAGCCACUAAAACGCUCACAAUGAAGAAGAGCAUGCCAUUCAAUAGUCUGGUUGACCAGAGUAGCAUUGUUGAACUGGACGAAGAGUGGCUUUAUAACUAUCCGCCAUUCUUCACCGAUAGAGAGCUUACUGACGUCGAUCUGAAAGAAGAGGUGGGGAGAAUCAUCGAACCGACGGAGGGCGAUGCUUCUGGAGCCGUCGUCACCAGAGCAGCACAUGCAUACAUUGCAAAGUAUGAUGCUUUGACGGCAGACGAGAACGUACCACUGCCAGAAGCUUCAUUUAACCUGCUGGAGAGUAUCAACCCAGACCCGUAUUUCAAUGCCAAAUGGGCGGGGGUUAAAUCGCCUCUUGGGCCACCUCCUUGGGCUUCCCAUGGAACGCGGGUGUGGAUUGCCGAUGUAUUGGAGCAGAAAAGUUUCGCCAAACAACAGGGAGCAGAAAAUGUCGAGUUUUUCGAAGUCUCAAACAACCUUGAUCUUUGGAAAAAGCUGGCGAGCCCUCGAACAUCUAUCAAAGCAAAGAAAAGGUUCAUUUGGCUUCCAGACGCCGACCAUGAGAUGGCUCUGGUCUGCUGCUUGACCAGCCCAUCACCUGAAAAGGCUGCUGUAUCUCUUUUCUUCGAUCGUCAUGCUCAUUACGAAAAUUUCUUCUCCGAAAAGACUACGAUGAUUUACAACACGUGGGAGAGUGAACUCCACCUCAGCUUCUACCGGCUAGUAGAUGAGAGCUACCAAACUACCAAGGAGCAGAUUCCCGAGUCUAGCAUAUUACCCCUUUCUAGCAACGAAUACCGCCGAGUCAUCAACGAACUCGAGGGCACCACUAGUCUUCGCAUCAGAGUUCUGCAGAAUCACUUAGGCAAUAUUCAGUCGCUGAGGGAGACGCUGAAGACUAGCCAGGAACAGUUACGCGACGACAUUGGUUUCUACGGUGCUGAGAACAUUCGAUUCUUCACUUACGUUACUGCUGUGUUUCUGCCUCUGGGUUUCGCGGCCAGCAUAUUCAGCAUGAGUGAAGAGCCUCCGGAGGGCGUGCUGAGACCCAUGGUCAUCUGCUCAGUUAUCGCGCUUGUUCUGACGUUUGUUGCAUUAGCAAAUGCCAAGCGGCUGAAUGCGAUUGUAAAAGAAGUGUCAAUGUUCGUCACCCGCUAUUCUCUCAGCAAAAUGAGCACCAGCCCUCUGAUGGCAGGUCACAAGAGGAGGAAGCGAGAGCAACGGGACAGACGCAUACAGCACGCUGAAGAGGCCAAGGUCGAGAAUCCUUCUGGCAGCAACCGCCCUGGUAGCCCUUCUCGGGCAAGCCGAGUAACUAAAGCGCGCGACGAACAGAUAUCGUGGUGGUUCUGGUUCUGGCUGGCAUAUUUCUUCAUAGAAUUCCCGGCCAGAAGAGUGCUCGUCGCAUACCGCAGCCUGAGUAAGAAGGAGGUUACGAAAUGGACUACAUAUGUCCACGUGAUCAUAGGCGUGCUGAUCUUACCCGUCUUCAUUGUCAGCUUUAUUCUUCAGCUAUUGGUUUACAAUGUUGUGGACUUCGCAAAAUAUCUUUGGGAAGCUCUCAUGCAGUACAUGGAAUCUCAUGACCCUAAUGAGACCAAAAACUUUGAACGCCACCUGAAUUGGCUGACCUAUCCCAUGGAUCCAAAAUGUCGACCCUUUAAGGGAAAGCUUCAAGAACUCAAAAAGUCCAAAGAUGAAGCCUCGAGCAAAGCCCCCUCCUAG